UCAUGCUGCUUGCCAGAGGGUCCAGAGUUGGUCUCAUGGGUCCCUGUACGCGCCUCCCAUUGCUGCUGUCUCCAUCGCCACACUCUGCCAUGUGCCACUUUCAGGUCUCCUCACACUGCUGGUGUGUUCAAUUUUUUGUCAUAGGGUGCUGGCAGAUUACGGGCCUCCCAUAGCUGCUGCCAGGCCCUAAUCUGCCAUGGGCCCCUGUACCGCCUCCUCAUGCUGCUGCCAGGUCCACAGUGUCUCAUGGGGUCCCUGUCUACAGGCCUCCCAUUGCUGCUGUCUCCAUCGCCACACUCUGCCAUGUGCCACUUUCAGGUCUCCUCACACCUGCUGGUGUUUU